CUAAACACCCCAGGACGCGAUUGUUGUUUUGCAGAUUCUAUUGGAAUGGAUUUAGAGCCAUCAGGAUGGGAAUAAAACACAUUAGUGAAAGGCAGUUUUUAUGCCAUCACACAAUAGCUGACUUCUAGCUGCAGAUGGACCAAAGAAAACCUGUGCUAACAAAGGAACAGAAGCCUGUACUUUGGAGACCCAUCCGUUAUAAAUAUGUUCUGUCUCAGAGGCCUCUCUCUACUCUCUCGGAGAGCAGUUCAGUUCCGCCCCUUCAGUUGUGAGCCAUUAAUUAUUCAAAUGCAGAACUGUACAGAUGAAGAACAAGUAUUUGAUCUUAUCGAAAGAAGCCCGGCCAUGCUUUCGGAGCCGCAAGUGGGUUGUGCGUUUAAUAUGCUCUGGCAGUUUCAGAAGCAGAAGACUAACUUGGAAAAAAACAUUGAGUUUGUUAGAAACCAUCCCCAGUUUCUUACUCUUUGCAACGCAACAGCGAAUCACAUCCAAGCAAUGGGUGAUGACACCCUCGUGGAUGUGCUGUACAGCAUGAGACAGUUUGGUGUUGAAUCCCAUCACCCUCUGGUUGAAGCACUGGUUACAGAAGCGUGGAAAAGGCUGGAAAGGUUUGAUACUAAUGUGCUCUCAAUAUUUUCUACUUGCCUGGCCGAUCAGCAUUUGUAUUUCAGUCCGUUAAUGGGGAAAAUAGCUGAUAUUGUAAACAGGAACUUGGAAACCAUACAGGACUUAAGGGCCUUGUCUGUCUUGAUGGUCAGCAUUUCUUCUAUAAUAUCCCACUGUUUCCAAGAAAGACUCGUGAACAAAACAGAACUGCUUUUUGACGGUGUCGACUCUUCCAAGGUCAACAGUGCUAGACGGAUAUUACUGUUCCUCCGCAAUGUCAAGUGCAGUUAUUACCCGCUCCUGGAACGGUGCAACAAAGUGUUUAUAAGCAGUAUGAGCAGUCUUGACUUGGAGGCCGUCUGUAAAGUCUUCAGCCUGUAUCAGUCCCUGCAAUUCCACAGUUUUGAGUUUAUUGAAGUGGCUCGAAGGAGGCUAGUCGAGAUGAUCCCCUGGUCAUCUGGCCACCCCGCAAGUUUUGUCAGAUUGUUUGCUGCGUUGGGACCGGUGGCAGGGCCUGAAAUAAGGAAACAGCUUAAAUCAACUAUGCUGUUGAUGUCAGAGGAGCUGACCGGCCAGCAAGUGCUGACAGUGUUGAUAGCCAUGGAAGAUAUGGAGAGCAGAAAUGCACACUUGAUUAAAAAGAUUGCUUCAGUGCUGUAUAAACAUUUGGAUACCUAUAAAUCGAUAGAGCUACUGAAGAUAACACAAGCCUUGAGUUGUCUGCAUUUCCAAAAUAAGGAGCUUUUCAUGAAACUUCGAGAAUUAAUUCUCAGUCAUUUGGAAGCUAGCGUCAUGCCGAGUGAGAUUUGUAUUCUGGUCUCUGCUCUAUCCAUGCUUCCUUCCUCUCGCCUCGACCAGACAGCGCUGUCCCGCAUCGAAGCCAUUUUACCCCAGUGUGACUUCAAGGAGCUGAGCGAUAUUGUAGUGUCUCUUCUGAGGUGGAUCCAGAAUGAUCACACAUGCUUGGCAGGCCCUGCUAGACAGCAACUGAAUCUCCUUCGGAAAUUAGAUCACUGGGGCCAUCAUCGAUUACAGCAAAGCACCAGCUUGGAUCUCCUGUGGGAGGAGCUUAAAGCUUUGAAAGGGGAAUGGCUUCAUGAGUCCUUGGUUGAAGAAUCAGUUACUGCUUUGGAGCACUUUGUGGAUGAAAUCAAUGGCACCAACGUUGCAAAGAUCGCAUCUUUUCUUUCCAAAACUAACUACCUCAGCACCGUAAUACUUGAUAGGAUAGCUUCGGUGGUCGUCCAGCAGAUUGAAAAGAUCCAUCCCUUUUCCCUCCCCGCUGUUAUUCUUCCAUUCAGUGUUUUGAACUAUGAUCCACCUCAAAGGGAUGAGUUUUUAGGAGCGUGUGUCCAGUGCCUUAAUUCUUACAAAGGUAAAUUGGAUCCUGUUACAUUAGUGUUUGUUGGUUUUUCUUUGGCCACGCUUGAAUAUUUUCCAGAAGAUCUGCUAAAGAAAAUGUUCACCAUCAAGUUCUUAGCCAGAUUAGAUUCCCAGCUUGAAAUUUUACCUUCAAGUCUAAGUGCAAGGGUCCAGUUCCGCUUUAUGGAGUUAAAUAGAGCCGUCUGCCUGGAAUGCCCCGAGUUUCAGACCCCGUGGUUUCACGAUCGCUUUUGUCAAGGACACUAUAACAAAGAUGUUGGUGUUAUGACUGGAGCACAACAGCAGAUCUUUAAGAUGCUAGCAGAAAUCCUCGGCGGACACAGAUGUGUAAAGGCUUCGACCCUUUCACCGUAUUACCACACAGUGGAUUUUGAAUGCAUUUUGGAUAAACGGAAAAAACCACUUCCUUAUGGAAGCCACAGCCUAACUCCAGGGAAAUCACCGGGAAUAUACUGGGAGUCAAAUACUUCAAGAGUUGAAUCAAGGCUUCCACCAGAAUCUGAGAGGAUUGCUUUAGAAUUUUUGGAUGUAAGAGCCUUUUGUUCAAACAUUCCUCACUUAAAAGGAAAAUCUGCUAUGAAAAAACGACAUCUGGAAAUUUUGGGCUAUCGUGUUAUUCAGGUCCCUUACUUUGACUGGAACUCUAUGGCACUGUCCACACAGGAUGCGAGGAUGGAUUACCUGAGACAACAUAUAUUUGGGGCAGGCAAAUCAUGAUUGAGUUUCCACUUAAAACGACCAUGGCAUACCACGUCUCUAUUUCCUUUACUUAAGUGGUCUGACUCAAUUAAACAAUGCUAAGUGCAAAUAGUCUGAGUUGGGAGCACACCUGAUGUGUUUGGGGUUAACGAGCUCAGCUGUGGUUAGAGCAGAUCAAGCGGGAAGUGGUUGGGAGUAAAAAGUCAGAGGAGACAGCAGUAUAGGACCUCAUGGCUUCCCCAAGUGAGACGAGAAGCCAGUGCAAAGCUUUAAGUAAGGAAUGCUAAUAACAGACACAGUUCGUGUUUUUAAAGUAUCUUACGUAGUCCUGGCUGGUCUUAACCUUGUGGCAGUCCUCCUGCCUCUGCUUCUUGAGUGCUGGGAUUACAGGUAUGUGCCAUCAUGUCCAGCUAAGAACUCUUUUCACAAGUGAGUUAAUCCCAAAGCUCUGCGGGGAGAGGUAGGAAGUCUGCUGUGGGUUCAAGGCCAGCUUGUAGGACAUAGUGAGUUCCAGGCCAGCCUAGGCCAUAGUGUGAGACACUGUCUCACAACAUCCACCCCAACCACCCCCCCAAAUAAAAAAAAAAUUCAUAAGGCACAAUUUUAAGUGUUUCUGUUUUUCCUUCAUGCAUGAAUGUGUUUUAUUUAGAUCAAAUCCAAAUCUACCUUUCCCUCCCCUCCCCAGCUCCUUCUGUGUCCCUCUCCCCGAUCCCUGCUCUUCCUUCAUAUUUGUAUGUGUAACCUAGUGAAUUCAUUUAGUGAGGUGCAUGCACAUGGGUGGAGAGUUGUCCUCUGUAGCCUGGCCUGGCCCCGAUGAAAGACGACUUGCUCCCCUGCAACUGCUAUGUGUGAGCCCCCACUAUCCAUGCUUGAAUAUUGACCAGCUUGAUCUCGUGCAGGUCUUGAGUAGGCAACUCUAGCUGCUGAGAGUUCAUGGUUACAAGUGCCUGUUACUCCAGAAGAUACUGUCUGACUCUUACAAUCUUCUUGCCACCACGUCCGGGAC